AUGGAGGAAGCAAACCUACCGGAAGAGAUUAUAGUGCUUAUCCUCUCCUGGCUUCCCGUGAAAUCGUUACUCCGGUUCACCUGCGUUUCCAAACGUUUCCAUUUCAUCAUUCUCUCAGACCCAAAAUUCGCCAAGUCCCAAUUUCAAGCAGCUUGUGAGCGCAAAACCCUAGCUUGUAGACUCCUCUGCUCCACCACCGCCCCUCGAGUCGAAUCCCUUGACUUGGAGACGCCGUCGUUUGGAGACCGUUCCUCUGUUAGGAAGCUCAAACUUCCUCUCCGCCCACCAGCGGGUGAAGUCUUGCCUCUGGGCUCUUGCAAUGGUAUUGUAUUUCUAGCUUUUAACGAGAAAAUAUUUAAUAUCUGGAACCCAUCAACUGGUUUCUUCAAGAAAUUACCUGACCCGGGUUUUUCCCCAAAAGAAAAUGAGCUCUUCGUUUAUGGUGUCGGCUAUCUGCGGGCCACCGACGACUAUAAAGUUGUCGUAGCCUCCGCUGGCUUUACUGUUGAUGACAAGGUUGAGGCCGCCAUUUUCUCGUCCAGAGCUGACGGUUGGAAAACACUUGAGGUCGAUUUCGAUGGUUCAAUUGCUGGUCAGGGGACUCUUUUGAAAGAGGCACUUCAUUGGCUUAAUGAUCAAGAGCAUGAAAUUGUGGCUUUCGAUUUGGCACAAGAGGAUGAUGAGCACAAGUUGAGGAAAAUGCUGCCGCCCAAUUUCCAUAACGAACGAGGUCGCAAACAUGACAUCCAUCUCGGAGUUUCUACUGGAGGAUGCCUGUCUCUAGCUCGUUAUCUGCGGGCUUCCGCUGACUCAAUUGAUGUGUGGGUCAUGAGAGCGUGACUCGUGGACUAAGCUCUUUAACUUGAAGCUUUCGGACCCCCCUAAGGAGCAAUGGAGUUACAAUCGUAUCUUGGUUACGGAAACUAGUAUGGUUGCUGAGAUAUCUGUUGACGAAGACUGGAAAGGACUGGUAAAGAUUCUUCAAAAAAAAAAAAGACAACUGUAGCAUCUAUAUGAUUGGGUUUGAGGACGAUUGGAUUUACAUGAUUGAAUAUCAAGAAAGUCUACUUCGGAUUGAUGAUUAGUCCUCGAUUGCUCUUUGCAUAACAGUGCUGGGGCUUUUGGAUGUAUGAUUGCAGGAACAAGCUUUAUGGGAGGUUUCUUUGUUAUAGCUGUGGUAUGGACCAGUUUUAAUUGAAAGCUAGCUAUAUUUGUAAUGGUAGCAACUGGUUUGAUGUAUAUAUUCGUUGUUUGUUUUUUAAGUUUUGACUGUUAUAUUUAUCUUGUUUGAUUGUCUUUGUCGGAAUUUCUGUAUUAUGCUAUAAGAAAUUUAUGUGUUGAAGAAACUAUAGUUAUAUUUGUGGUGAAGUCGGUUUUCGAAAUGAAACUCUUGUUGACCAUCUUGUCAUUUACACU